AUGCAAUCUGACACGUCUGCGUCGUCGCCCAUCGACCACGAACACAACUACGUCCUUCACAACCUCACGCCCGCGCGGACCUUGUCAUUCUCCGGAUCCGAGUCCGGCCGGUUUCAGGGGAGACGGCUCCAAUGUCUCGACGAUAAUGAGGAAGAAGAUACCUCGCAGUCCGAAGACCCCGACUCCCUGGCGACAUCCAUUUCUGAUCUGGAUGAACAUCGUCUGACGCGUGAAUCUACCGUGGAGGAGGAGCAACCUAACGAAUACACCGAAAGCGCCAUUGAAGAAGACGACUGCGAAGAAGAGUUUCCCACGACCCAGCUUCCCUUCGAUCUCUUUGACGACGUAAUGGAGUCUUCAGAAACCCCAACCCCCAAGCAGGAAACAACCCAAACAACAUCAGCAGCAGCGUCUUACCUCGAUAGCAAAACUUCUUUUCGUUCGAUACCCCAAUCUUUUCGCGCAUCCUCACCAAAGAUACCCCACCUCCGCCGUCGCGACGCCAGUCCCGCCAAGAGUAGCAUCACUAGCAGUACCACGAGUAGGAGGAGUCCUGAAGAAGCAGCGUGUCGUAUACAGAAGCCGCAACCCGACGUCGCACGCGUGCGGGCGAUGGCGGCCAGGGAGCGCAGGAGGGGACUGGACUAG